UUGUGUUGAAUGAAAGUAAAUACCUGUCGAAAGCAUCCUCAUUAGGGUAGUCAAUACCGGCUAGCUUGAAAGAAAAAUGGACCAGAUUUGUAUACCCAUUGUUCAGUUUUGCUGCACAUAUCAAUGCAAAUAUCGACAGGCAAUCUAUAAUAAAGACAGCGAGUAUCAGACGGUCAUUCUUUAAUAUUUAGUCCAAAUCGGAAGUUUCCACGUUUUCUACAUCCUCUUACGAGAACUACCUCCUAUAACGUUGAAGAUACCGUACUGUUUUAGUUCUGUGUAUUCCUGAAGCAGAUAUUGUGGUUCUUUAAGUAAAAGACAAGUUUUUGAAUUUAACUAAAAAAUAAAUUUGAAAUAUCUUUAUAUUGAGCGCUUUAACAUGAUGGAGUUCAUGACCUUUGACGUUGGUGGAAUGAUCUUUAAGACGAAGCGUCAGAACUUACUGACUUACCCGUCAACCCGGCUAGGGAAGAUGGCACAGGAAACGUACGGCGAGGAUCCCGUCAUUAUAGACAGGAACCACACCAUCUUCUCCAACAUCCUGGACUUUUACAGACUCGGCGAACUACACCUCCCACAAAACGUGUGUGCUGCCGCGACCAUCAAAGAGUUGGAGUACUGGGACAUCCACCUGAGCCACAUUGCUGAAUGCUGUCUGAAGAUCAUCACUGAGUACGAAGAGAGCGUCAAAAAGCACAUGGAGCUGAAGCGGCGGCUAGACGACGUGGAAAUUGACUAUAACUCUAAGGAAGUGAGUGAAAACAAAGCAAAACAGCUCCUCAGGCAGACCUGGCUUUUCUUUGAUCGCCCGAACUCCUCCAAGCCUGCCUUUAUCUACAGCAUCUUCUUUAUGCUGGUGACCGUCCUGUCUGUAGCGCUGUUCUGCAUGGAGACCCACCCCCUUUUCAGGGAACAGGUCCAAACCAAGGACGAAAUUCUGGGAUUGAUGAACUUCACUGACCUUUUCGACGAUGUCAAUAUGGAUAACCCAAAAGAGAUCGUCUUCGUGACCACAGUUGUUAAGCCCUCGUUGUAUCACCUCCAGGUGACAUGUCUUGCUUUCUUCACGACAGAUCUGAUUCUUCACUUUGCAACAUGUCCUGUCAAAAAGCAAUUCUUCCGGUCCCCUCUCAAUGUCCUGGACGCCUUCCUUGUCUUUUCAAUGUGGACCACCACAGUGAUGGAAUUCGUCGAGAUAUGGAGUGCCGGAAAGAUUGCAGGAACCGUGUACAUAACAUUCAAGCUGUGCUCUGUGUUCCGUCCUUUCCGCUUGCUCCGUCUUAUCCGGCAACACAAUGGACUGAACAUGCUCUUCUUGGCGAUGGGGAACAGUAAGUGGGAGAUUGGACUGUUGAUGAUGGCCUUCAUGUUUUUCUCCACUUUUUUCGCGGGGUUCGUGUACUACGCGGAGUACAAAGAACCGACCACUUUCCCCAGUGUGUUCACGGGAAUCUGGUGGUCGGUCAUCACCAUGACGACCGUUGGUUAUGGCGACGAGUAUCCCAAGACGUUGCUUGGGAGGAUCGUCGGUACGGUGUGCGCCCUGUCGGGUGUUUUGAUCAUUGCUAUGCCUAUUGCAAUCAUAGCCUCCACAUUCAGUGAUUUCAACGACAAAAAUAAAGUUAGGCUAAAACGCCAGUCGUUCCAAACUCAGAAUAAAAAACAAGACAAGUCAGUUGAAAAUCAUUUUAAACCAUACCAAAUAAAGCACUCGGCGGUUUACUGAUUUGAUUAAAAUCUUAUAGUCUAACUUUAGCGGUUCGAUAUACAAUGAUGAGAAAUCAGUGCAGUUAUCAACCCAUUAGUUUGUUUAAAAGAGUAGACAAUCAAAAUUUGUGAUCACACUACGAAAUAUCACAAUUGAGUCAACUGUUGUGUGGUAAGCAUGUCUACAACGGCAUGUCUUGAACCAAUGUCAGGAAAAGAGACGGGGUAAGGUCUGGCUGGGAUUUUUUUUUGUUGUUGCAUGAACCGGGUAUUUUAUAUCAAAGUUAUACUGGUUAAUAAUUAUCACAAUUAUAGCUUAUCAGGAGCCAUUAUGUAUGUAUAUUUUUAUUCCAAUGUCCAGUACGUAUAAAUGCUUGUUUUCUAUGAAAACGUUUACCCAAAAUUCAAUAAUGAUUAUAUUUUGCAUAUUUAUAACUAUAUAAAUUGACGUGUGAAACUGUCAGAUUUUGUUCAUAUAAACUUUGUAUAGCAUUUGACAUACGGGAUACAUUAAAGGAAUACGGGAGAUAACUUUAACUCAGCGCAUUUAUUAUGAAAUAUCCCGAGAGUUCCGAGUGUCAACAUGGUGUGUAAAUUCGAAGAAAAAGUAUUGAAUUUUUCAUCAAAUUGAAUUAAAAUUUUUAGAUGAAAAUUUGACUGUUAUUUUCAACGCAGCGUCAAAAAACGUUUUGGAGCGAAUCUGCAUUGUUUUGCUCCAUUACGGGUAUAUGCGAGGCAUCUCAACUUUGGUGAAGGCCUGUUUCGAGGCACAAUUAGAUUAUUCUAGCUAAGCAGAGUGUAGUGAAAUUAAUAGCAUUAUUGUAGUCUUAAAGCUUGGUUAUGUAAAUGUCAACACUACGGUGUGUCGAUGUAUCUAUUUCGUAAAUGUCUGAUAUCAUUUGCAAUGUUAACCCGUGCAUGGACGGGUCAAAGUCUAGUCAGAUUAAACAAUUUAAUGAUCACAAGAUCGAUAAUACAUAUGUAGUUUUAAAAUUUGGUCUUUAAUUAGCAUAUAUGUAGCCGAACAGUUAAGGGGAAGAUGGUACUUGUAAAUCAAACAACAUAUACAAUAUAAUACAAAAUAUGAGAAAAUUGACAAAUUAAAGAGGAGACAAUGGCUAUACCUUACCAGAAAGAUGAUUGAAAAUAAUUUACAAUGCUUACUUAUAAGGAAAGUUAAUAUUUGAACUUUACAGAGACAUUAGAAGUGUUGCAACUGUGAAAAAAUACAAUUAAUUAUUCACAGUGCAAUAAAAUUAUACCAAAAACUAAAUCUUUACACUUAUAUAUAAAUCAUACGUUGAUAUGAAUUUCACAUAUCAUAAGAUGCAACAACAAAAAAAUCAAAACAAAACAAAACAAAAUACAUGCAUAUCGACUGCAUAGUAGAAAUUAUCUAUGGGAACUCUCCAUACUUUAAUAUUAAGGUCAAGAUCUAGUAAAUGAAAGAUGCCUACAGUUCUAUGAAAUUCAGGAUAUAAAUUCGUUCAAUGAUGCUUCACAACAAUAGCUUUGUUUGAUAGGGUAAGGCAGGGCUUAAAUGUUUGGUAAACACAAUGAAAAAUCAGAUUUUUAACUGUCAAUAUCCAUUUAAUAUGAUAGAAAUAAGAAAAUAAAUUUCGGAGUUUUGUAAAUAUCUAACUAAUGAAGUACCGUAUAUCGAGAAUGCCUAGAGAUUCUCAAAAAACGCCAUUUAAAAUGAUAUCAAAAUGAAUACAAGUAUCUGGAUAACUUUUCACCCUAUUUAAUAUAGAAUGUCAAGAAACUGUUUCAUUUUUUAAAUAAUUCCCUUAAAA